AUGGCGGCGGGUCCUGGCACAGUGAAGCCCUCUGUCACUCGGCAACCUACCAACAUCAUCUGCAGGGCGCCCCUACUCCGCUUUACUCGCGGUCUUGGCAUGUCCAACGCCGGUGCUGGGGCCGGCCGCCAAUGGGGCGGGAAGAUGAGAGCUGUUUCUGCCGCAUCGUCGUCGGGCCAGCCACUCCUCGCCGACGCCGCCCACAGGGAGGAGAUUCGCCGGCUCGCGCAGAGCUCCCUAUCCAACUGUCUCACGGAAACCCACCUCGAUCUUUCAGUCCCGGGGUUGGGUUCCAAGUCCAGGGGCAAGGUAAGUAGGUUGGUUUCGAAUUUCGGAACAGUAUCUCUCGUCCGCCCCUGUCGUUGUCUUUUUCUUUGCGUGUCAAUCUCUGGCUGAAUCAUUUCCUCAAACAGGUGAGGGACAUAUAUGACGCGGGCGAUUAUUUAGUGUUGGUGACCACCGAUAGGCAGAGCGCUUUCGACAGAGUUCUGGCGUCGAUUCCCUUCAAGGGACAGGUGCCCUUUUGCAUUUUUUUCUUCCCGAAUUUUCGAUUCUGCUGAUGGUUGAAUGUCCAGUUUCGUGGUCAUCGAAGGAGAAGAAAACACUUCGAAUCUUCUUCUAGCGUUCCCUCUCCACGUCCUCAACCUCUACUCGUACAUGUUGCCUAAAUUCCAAUAAAAUUGGUGUAUAUUAUUUAUGCCUAUUUACAACGGUUUCUCCUUCUUGUUUAUUAUCUCGAGCAGCCUGAAUCGGCCCAUUAUGUUUGUAGUCGCUCCAAAUUACAAACUUUUCGCGUUGGAGCAAAAUCAGCGUUCCUGUUAGACCACAGGUCUAUUACAUAAUUAUCAUAGGCUAUUUAAUGCAAUUAAUGUGUCGAAGAGACUACAUAGACAAGUCUAUGCCAAUAAUGUUCAGACUUAAUCAAGGAUCUGAUCUAAGAUUUGAGGCAUUCCGAAAAAUUGAAUUGGGCGGUCAUACGUUCAUGUGAUGUUGUUCAAUGCCAUAUAUUAGUUAUUUCUUGGUGUGAUCAUCUGGUGAUGAAAUGUCACCGGCCAAAACUUUGUUCUAGAUCCUUUCCACGGGUCUUUUUUCCCUUGUUAGCAGGAGUCGAUAUGAGAUAUCCCUGGCAUGAGCUUGUUUGGGGAUAGAUUAUCUUUUACUUUGUGUGCCUUGUUGGACUUCCAUCUUGGUUCUCACUGUGAGCCUUUCCUUCUUCAGUACUUGAAAUCUUUGAUGUUCGAACUUAUAUUUUUAUUGCUAGUGGAUCAUGUUUUCUGUUUCCGGAAAGUUACAGUAAAUAGCCGUAGACAAAGACUAACUUGCUGUGUAAUUUUCCUUUGUUUCUUUUCCUAUCUGAUGAACAGAAUGUGGUUGUUUCAGGUUCUUAAUGAGACAAGUCUCUGGUGGUUUGAUAAGACUCAAGAUAUAACUUCCAAUGCCAUAGUUUGCAUUCCUGACCCCAAUGUGACAAUUGCAAAGAAAUGCACUGUUUUCCCUGUUGAAUUUGUUGGUGAGACAAUGCUUUUUUUUUCUUUCUACAUCUUACUGUACUUUAAUUUUAUAAUUUUUAAUUAAAUUGAAGUUCUGCCUGUCAAAUUUUCGUUUAUUUUCUAUGUGAUAAGUAGGUGCUUACCAAACUAUGUUACAUGUACUCUUAGUACUGGGAAAGUGGUAAAUUUUUUAAUGAACUGCGUUCUUUUUGUCUCAAGUAUAAUUCUUUGAAACGUUAUGCUGCUCAGGUCAACAUGUUUCCCGGCAUCUCUAUGGCACUCUGAAGCUGUUGAUAUAGCAGUUGUUAGACCUCUCAAUUGACUUCUUUUGCGUGACACUGCUGGAAUGCUGAAUCUCCCUGUAUAAAAUGAAAGAAUCAUAGGUUGACAAGAACUUUUCUAUUCAGGCAUUCUUCAUCGGUGAAAUGAAUCAAUUUUGAAACUAAUGUGCAAUGGAGCGCAUUACAUUGUUUAUGUAAUUCCUUGCAAUUCAGCAUAAUGAAUUGAAUCUUUAGUGAUGACCAUGGAUUUUGUACCAGAGCUUCUUCUCGGGGGUAAUGGUGUACUUGAUCAAUGUCAUGGAUGAUAAAGUUUUCUUGAAGAAAGAAAGCAUACUUGAUCGUUAUCAUGGAUGAUAAAAUUAUUGAGAAGAAAGAAGAUCGUUUGUAGUACAGAUCAAUUAAUAAUAAAUAUCAUGACCCAAUAAGGAAAAAAAUGUUCAACUGGAAUCACGGAAGUCACAACUUCUUCGUAGUAAUUUUCAGAAGAGAGAUAACCAAGCUACUUGGAAUUAAUCAUUGAGAUCAACCAGCACUCAGGAUGGCAAGGAAUUUUAGAUGGAAUUAUUUGCAUGGGAGUCUGUAUGGAAGUUCUUUUUGUCAAAGUCCUUUUUUGACCAUACGUUCAAUGCAUAUCAGAACGUUUUAUUGAUAAAGUACUCAUAGGAACCAUAAAACUACGAUGUGAAGCUAUCUUAAUACAUUUCAUGCACAUCCUUCCAAUAGCUCAAGGUUGUAAAGGGUUAAAAUUUGGAAUGUGCGCCUAAGCUAUUCAAUCAUGUACAGACAUUGGUUUAUAUACAUGUUAAUGCUAUGUAGGAGACAAUUGUUAGUUCCCAUAAGGCUUGGUAAGUGUUGGAAUGGCCUCACAUUGACUGAGACCAAUCCUAUAAUUAAAUUUAUCGGUCUACUCUUCUCUUUUUGAUGGCAACUAGUUUAUCUUUAUUAAGUUAUGCUUGAGAAUAUCAGUCUUAUAGGUUUUGGUUUUUGCUUUUUUUCUUGGGCUCAUGAUCGCAAUCUGUGCCCUACUUUUCUUUGCAGUGAGAGGAUUUGUUACUGGUAGUACUGAGACAUCAUUAUGGACGGUCUACAACAAAGGUAUCAGAAAUUACUGUGGCAAUGUUCUUCCUGAAGGUAAAUUUUCAUAUCCCAUUUGUUUCUCAUUAUGUGUCUGAACAUAUGUUGUCAUUGUUACAUUCAUCUAUAAUCGUCUAAUUUUCUUUUAGGUAUAGUGAAAAAUCAGAAGUUACCUGUCAACAUUCUCACGCCAACAACAAAAGGCAUAGAUCAUGAUGUCCCAGUGACUCCUAAAGAGGUCUGUGUUUUGAAUUAACUUUUUUUGGUUGUUGUUAAAAUGUAAAUUUCCAUAGGAAGACAAUUUUUUUUGACUGAUUUCGUUAUUCGUCAAUACUAAUCUCUUAGUCAUGCUUGAAGUCACAAAAGAUUGCCGUGAAAAAAUAUGCUUUUGUUUCGCCCUUUUAAAGAAGUGCUUCUGAAAUGAAUGCAUUAAAUUGGUUACAUAUUUUUUUUUUUGCGAACGUUGUUGCAAAUCCAUAUGGAGUUAAGUUUGUUGAAAAGUACUAUGUACAGGUCAGGUAUCAUUUGAAUUUGAGUAGAACAAUCUUUUGCUUAAAAAUAUAUUUUAAGGUGCAUCCUAUGUAACGAAGAAGCCUUGAUGCGUUGAGCAGCAUAGAGGCCUAAGUUGGUUUCGCUCAUUAGACAAGGGUUAUAGAUGCAUUAUUUCAUGGAUUCGCAUAUGCACCAAAAUGUGAAGAUGAGAAUUACAUUCACAUUACUAUGCCAUUUAUGAAGAAUGGUCAUUUAUUGAAUGCAGUGGCAAAUAUUUUUUCUUUAUUUUAAUUGACUACAAUCCUUGUUUCAGAAGUUGUCUUUACUUUUUUAAUUUAAAUGUUUUUAUGAGAAACACUUCCUUUGGCCUUUCCUAGUUUUAUUAUCAAAAGUAGGAAAUAGCCAAUCUAAUUUUAUAAUACAGGCUAACACUUUUACGAUUUCAAUAUUAUAUGCAUGCAGAUAUAUUUUAUUAAUUUUCAAGUAAUGAAUAUAUAUAUUUUUUUAUUUGAUAUGAAUUGUGACAUAUUUUAAAAUAUAUUCGAAUGGGUUGUGUCUUUUCACUUAGGGUAUAUGUUUGUCGACUGCACUGCUACAGUUGAUGUCUUAAAAAUUUUAUUCCAAAGUAGAUCACUAAUUUCCGAAUGAUCCAUGUUAAUUAUCUGUUUCUUUUCCCUUCUGUUCUUAAAAUUUAAAGGAAUAAUCGGAAAUUUAUUUUUGACCAGUUGAGGAAGCAAAAACGUUGGUGAGACGGCUGCUUAGAUGUCUCCUUUGGAAACCCUUCCUUCACUAAGCUAAUUGUCAUUCCUGUGAAUGCUUCAACUAUUUUCCUGUAUGAGAAUGUAUGCAUACACUGUUCUUAUUUAGUUGACAUUAAAUGCUUUAUGAUAGUUUUCAAGCCACGUUGUCAGUAAUGCCUGUUGAGCAUCCUCCUUACGUACUUGUAUUCGGGCCUUUGGUAUUUGGCCUUCCCUCAAGCUGCCUAGGCAGCCAUAAUGAGUGGUUCCUUAGGUUUGUAUUUACAUUUAUUCGUAUUUACUCACAUGCUGAUUGCUGUUAAAGUAUUUUUUUAUACCUUUAGCAUUAUCUAUAAUAUUAUUUUUGGAAAUACGUGCUAACUAUAAUAUUUUAAAUAAAAUUAAAAAAUAUGUUUUUUAUUCAUAUUAUUAUGAGAACGCUGCUAACAAUUCCUUUUGUAGUUUUCCUGUUCAUGUGUAAAUGAAAAGUUUAUGAUCCUCAUUAGUUAUCUUUAUCAAAUAAUUUUAUUUCUGAAGUUACGUCUUUCUUUUAAUGUAUAUUAUAAUACCAUUUCAGUAAAAUAAGUUCAAAUUUAUCUUGCACGUACACACUUUUUGAAUGCCUGAAUUCCUUUUGGAGUUAACAUUCAGAUCUGUAUUAACCCAAACCUAAUACCAAACCUUACUAAAUACAUGCAAACUUACGACCUAAUAUAUGCAAACUUCAUAAAGGAGAUAAUCAAACCUCUACAUUAACCCAAACCUUACUAAAUACAGAGCUUGCACAAAUCACUACAAAAUAAUUUUCAAAGAACUUACGAGCUCUGUCAGAAUGUUGAAGGAUGGGUGCAACAUGCUUGGAAAGUUCUUUCUGAGCUUGAGAAGAUCACUUGAGGAUGUGUGAGUUUUGGAGUUGAUUAUCUUUUAGGUCUUGAAGUUUUGGAUUCAUGGAAGCUCCUUUUCUCUGGUAGCUUAAGGAACACUUUAAUUCUUUAUUUAAUCUCUAUUCACAAAAUAGCCAUAUACUAAUCCUCUGGCGCUGGAUUUGCACAUUUGUUCAAUUUUGUUUUCAUUGACUACUUUCGUGGUUUUUUGUGUAAGAUACUUUUGUUUAACUUAUUAGUGCUUUCACCAUGUUCCAUUAGACGAAAGAUGCCUUUCAUCUGAAAAUUCAAGGUAUAAAGAUGAAACUCUGGAAGAAGGGAGCAGAGGGGACAAGGUAGCAGGAAAUUGCAGUGAUUUGAGUGCAGUUUUGAAUGUGAGUCAAAGUGAAUACCGGCGAUAGACCAUGAAGCUGGGGAUGACGAUUGUUAAAUGGAAUAUAAAUGAUUCAUGUAAAAUAGAUGAAAUGUUACAGCAUUUUGUGGCGCUCUUGUUCGUAGUGUAGAAAGUAGAUGCGAUAUCUUAACAGUCGGUAGAAGAUGCUUUUCUCUGGAUUCAUGACAAACAGAUGCCGCAGAUGUUAAUUAUCAGCUGGUUCUUAUCGUGAGAUAGGAAGAUUUACUGGAACAAAUAUUCAUAGAAGACCGGAGGAGUGUGACAGAACAUCUGUAUCAACUUUGUAAAGUACAGUGUGCAAGUUUGAGUAUUUUAUUUGGAUCUGAUCCGCCCUUUCCAUUGUCCACUUUUGGUCAUGUUCCAUCCCCCUCUAAUUUUAACAGGUUCUUGGUGUUCAUUAUCGCUGAAGGGAGUUUUCCACCAGUUGAAGGUUUAAUAUCUUGAAAGUAUUAUCAAUCACUACUAUCAAUGGUGGCACGAUCCUGCAGCUCUGUUGUGGUAGAUGGGGGUAGAAAAAUGUACAGAAUGGAGUCCGAAUGUUUUUAUUUUUACUCACAGAAGAAAGUUUUUAUUGAUCUUCUCCAGAGCUGGAGCAGACUGCUAUUGCAUACAAAGUUGUAAAAAAUAAAUGGAAUCUUUUAGAAAUCCUUUUGUGAAGAGUAGAAGUGUCUAGAAAUGAGGACUGGAAACGAGUUCGGUUACAUUACUGUGUGCUUAAUGAUAAAAAGUGAAAAUUGAAUGUACAUACGUUUUUGCCAGUAUUCACAAAAACAUGUGCUGCCAUUGUUGCAGUACAUACUGAAUUGUAUGCUUGAAAAUUUUCUACUUCAGUUAUAAUUUUAUGGGAUUAUUUUAGCCGCCUAAAGUGUACUGUAGGGUUCCUUUGCCUUUGGCUACUGUAAGAAUUGGGGUAACUCCCCAUGGUUGUAGUAAUUUAUUGGUAUCUCAAACUUUUCAAAAAUCUGGAGAUAUUAUUCUACCAUAAAAUCUGGUUAUAUGUUUUACUUGAAUUUGCAUCACCCGUAAGAUAUACUUUUUUCUUUCCUCUCGCACAAACAUUGUUCCACUCGCAUGUUUCCAUUUGUUUUCUAACACGUCCUAUAUUGUUAAACUAUUUAAUGCAUAGUGAUUGAUCCAGGUGGUUGAACUAGGUUUGAUGACACAAGAGGAAUUCGAUGAAGUAAGCAGCAAGGCCUUUCGAAUAUUUGCAUAUGGACAGGUAGCGAUAAGAAAACUCUGAAACCUUAUUGUAUUUAUGCAGAUUAAAAUGUAGUCUCUAUUAGACACCCAAAUUGUUGAAGUGUAAGGAUGAUGGGUACCUAAACUUAACGCAUUUUAGGCCCAUAGGAGAGACCCUUUAGGCAAGCGUUCUUCAUUAAUGAUUAGAUGAUACACACGGGCAGAGUUCUAUUUCCUCCUUGGACGAUUUAUCAUUCUGAAAUGCAAAUCCAUCUAUCUUCUCUUGCAGUCAAAGCUGGCAAUGAAAUGAUGAUGAUUUUUUAUUUUAUUUUUUCAGGUUUUUUGGGAGUUAGAAUACUAAUGCGAAUACUCUACCUUGGUUUUAUUCUUGUUCUUAACAUGUUUCUGUGUGGGCAAUAUUCUUGUUUGAGUUCCUUAAUUAGAUUUUGGUGCAGCCUGCAAUCCAUUUCAUUUGUAGAUUUGGGCAAAGGUUACGGUGAUGCAAGGCACAUUAGAUAGGGCCAGAUAUUUUGAAUUACCACGUCACCUGCCAUAUCAUUUGUGUAAGUAGAUAAAACAUCCCAUUAAACAUGAGUAAAUGUGAAAAACAUUCUACUGCUCGAUACCUCCCAGUGCCACCAAGCCACCUACCCAAUCAGCUAACAUCAUUUUAUAAAAUUGAAAUGGUAGUAUUAUAUCUAUGGCGCUCUUACAUGUAGAAUUGUGUAUUCUUAUAUCCCUCUAGUUAGGAGUUAAUGCUGUCUAUUGGAACAUCUCGAGAUAUUUUUUUUCCCAGGCUGAUUGCUCAUAUGCCGGUAGUUCUGCUAUUGUACAUUGUUGCAUAUUGUUGACUAGGUGAACAGGUAAACUACAGUGGAGUCUUUAUGGGUUUGUCAUGGGGAAGGAUUUAUGUAUUUCAUAAACUGAUUGUUAGUAUUUGAUGAUGUCCAUUAUCCUGUUGACCACCCUGUGAAUGAUAAUAUCAUCAGUCAUUCCUGCAUACACAGUGAUGUGUUGGUAGUCCACUAAAUAGAAAGUUCAGACAACACAACUGUGAACUAAGUCAGAAAAGAAUUAAAAUGGAAAAGAAAAGUUUUCAGAUCAGAUUGGUUUUGACGUUCUGUGGUUGACAAUUCUUUCUUCUAGCCUGCUUUCAGUUGUCAGCAUAGCACAAAAGAGUACAUUUGGCCAAAGAUAGUCCUUUCUCUUUGGUUAAUGCAUCAACGAUAAAGACUAUUUACGUUGGUUACUAAAAAGUGCACAAUAUUGUGUAAUCGGAUUUAUGCUGCUGCAUUUUCCCCGGAAAUAAGUCAGUUUUUGGAAGGGAGACAUAAAGACUCCAUCUAUGUAACUUUUAUGUGAUUGGUUUGGAAAUCGAAUCCGGUUCAUCUCUUGCCAUUUUUACUGUGAUGGUUUUUGGCUUUAUUUGCAGAAAGUGGCGUUGGAGCAUGGGCUUCUGUUGGUUGAUACGAAAUAUGAAUUUGGAAAGGGAGCUGAUGGUUCUAUUCUUUUAAUUGACGAGGUCAGUCAAUGUUAGUCUUGAAGGAUUACAUUUGGCCGUGGUGUUUUUUGUUCUUUGAAGUUACAUUAUUUCUUCAAUUUAAUAUGUUCGAUUCUUUUCUGUAAAAUUAAUUUCACAGAAUCCUGAUAUCCUCGUGUUUAUGGUCUGUAUUGCAUUCUUUUUGCUCGAGGCAUGUUUGAUUUGAAUAUUCAUUAUUGAACUCCAAGAAAUGGGAAUUCGGUUUAUAUAGAAGGAAAUUCUGGAAGAAAUCAAAGUUAAUUUAAACACUUCAAGAUCAACUAUGCUCCAGCUUUCGGGAUUCCAUUCCUGAUUCAGGGACAUUCUCUCCUUGCCCUAGCUUCAGUGCCAACGAAAGAGAGCUCUCUGUAAUACUCCCUUCUAAGGGUUUCACAAAAUUCCAGUCACCUUGCGUUAGGGAUCAGUUUUAUUGUUUUUUCUAAUCAAACAAAUGCCAUAUUGGUGAAUAGUGCCCUGAUUGUCAGGUCCAAUUGAUUGAAGGCCACGUGGCAAUGAAAAGGAAAACAUUAUUUAGUACAAUCCUCCCCCCUUUCCUAGGUUGUUGGACCCAGGUCAUAACAGAACCAUGACAAAUAAUGAAGAACAUAGAUACCCGAUGUGAUUCAGGUGAUGCUUUCAAGUUAUGUAAGCAGAUAUUGAAUAGAAAAAAACUCUACAAUUUUAUGGUAAGGUUUGAGGGGCAGCCUAGUUCUGUUAAUCUUUGGAGACUGUUGUUUUUGGACUUGAUUGGUGUUACCUUAUUGAUUGCACCUACAGACGAUCUUGAUGUCCACCCUUAUUCCCUUUCACUGAGUUUCCCAAGGACUAGAUGGCCCCCAUGCAAUGAACUCCGGGUACAUGGUCUGUUAAUUUACUUUCACAGAUGAGUGUAUCCUCUUCAUGAAUUUGAUCUGUGAUUCUUUGCUUGGACUUCUGUAGAAGCUUGAGCAAAGUUUCAUUCUGACGAGUAUCCCAUCAAAUACAGCAUAAAAAUAAUCCAACUAUAGUUCCAUUCGCUGCCAUGCCUAUAGUGGUUCGUCUGAUAAUUGUAAGCCAUGGCUAUAUCUUUCUUCCAAUCCUUCUAACCCAUUUUGCCUGUAGGCCUUUACCAAAGGCUCAAGGAUCAUCAAUACCCCCUGUCCCUUUGAUUUCUGUGCUCUUAGCCCACUGGAGUGGACGGAACCCUUUUCUGUCAUUCUCAUUCUCCUCUUACAAGAAGGAUUUUAUGAGCUCAUUGAUGAGUUAAAUAUAUGACAGAAUUUGGUAGCUUUUUUUGAAAAAGGUAAAAAGCUCUUAGCCUAGGUAGUACUGAUUUCAAGAAGUUUCAUUUACCACCAUUUAACGUUCUAUCCACUCCAUUAUCCAAUUUAUUCCAAGCUUGUGAUUGAUCUUUAUUCUUCAUAUGUAAGCGAGCUAUUGGAGCCCAGUAUUUCAGGUAUGAUUUCAAAACUACAUAAAAGGGAUCGAUGAUAUGACUGCGGAUUUUUCGUAAUUGACAUUGAGGUAAGUCAUCUUUCCUAGAAGAACUUUCGGAAGGUUGUCAAUCUUGCUCUUAUGAUCCACUGGAAAGGGGUUAGUUUAUCAUCAGCGAUGUAACGCACCUUUAGUUUCAACUCCCACGGUAAAGCAUUUAGAUAUUUUCCUUCUUCCUUCUGGAACUUAAAUUUUUGAAAUCAAAGGAAGCAGGUAAUGAGAAAUUGUGCCCAUAACGCUAGCUCCAGCAGCCCUUGCAUAACCAUGCAAGUCCCCUAGUUGUACCUGUUGUGAAUUCUCAGCAAUUGGCUAUUGAUAGUUCCCUUUAAAACAUCAGAUCCUGUUAACGUACCUCAAGUGAUUCUAUCAGGAGCCUUCUUAAAACCGAGUUACACAACCAGGCAUUUUCCGUCUUUUGAUGGUCAAUACCUCAUAGGCAGACUAGUUUUCAUGUAGAUAUAUCCCCUUGAAAAAGUCGUACGAUUUUUGUUUAUCUAUUUUUUUUCUAUCCCUGUGUUCAACCCUUUAGACAUUCAGUUUGCUACAUUUUGGUGAUAAAUACGAAGAAUGGUAGGCCAGAAGCAAAAAGUGAACUUGAAACACUCUGGUACAGAUUCCUCAAAGGAAGUUGUCAUAUUAGAGGAGUAGAUAUUUAUAUAUUACGGUCCAUAUGGUUUAUAGUGCUUCGGAUGUCUGUAUGAAGGUAAGUGGUCUAUGAACUAGAAACGCUGUCUGAUGUGUGGACCAGUGGGAGACGAGCUGCAGAUUAAAAUAAAAAUGAAUCAAUAAUACAUGAAAAGUUUGAGAACUUUCUAUGUCAACAAUUCUAAGAAAAAAUAAAGCCCCCAAAGCUAGAAUGAUUAACUAUCUUCGCGUUUAGUUUUCCAGAUGACUUGGAUGGCAGUCUUGGUUGGUGUAUGGCUGAUUAAGUUCUCAGCGUACAAAGUUGUUCUUCAGGUUUGGAAGGCUGCAUAGAUUACUUUAAUGUGGGUAGAGGAAGGAAGAAAAUGCCUAGUGAUCCUAUUGAUCUUCACUGUUCUACAUUAGAAUAUUGUGAAAUGAAGACUUCAUCUGAAAAUAUGUAUGGGUCACCAUACAGUGUUUCAUAAAUGCGCAGAAAAUGUGGGCUGCUGAUUGAUCAGAGAGCCUGGUUGGCAAGAGUCACAUAACAUCACAUUUUAUUCUAAUUUGUUCGAUUCAUGCUACAGUGUUAGUUUUCUGUUCUCAUGUUUUCUUUGUCAUCCUCUCACAUUUUGGACUCUCAUUAGUAAUUGGGAUGCUACAACUCUCAAAACAUUUUGCACUCAUCGAGUGAAAACAUUACUCAUCUUAUUAAUUUUAAGGGUCUUUGGCAUUUCUAUUCUUCCAGGGACCUCUCCUCUUCCAGAUGUGAGAAAUUGGUGUUGAUACAGGACUUUGAUGCCAAUUGGACCGAGCAGAUUCCUGAAUUCUGUCAAUGUUGCUUUGUAUGGCAUGGAUAGUUAGUUACCAGGAGGGAUUGACUAUGUUGUAGUCAUUUAAAAUUUCUGUGCAAUAUAAAUUCAGCGGAAGAAUCGUAAAGGAUUAUGCCAGAAAAAGGGUUCUCCACAUCGCACGCACCAAUGUUUGAAUUUAUAAAUUAAAGUUAUGGGUCAGAACUAUUAGAGAAACAGUGAGUGCAGAUGUUAAUCUAAACCUUUCUAAUUUUAGGCACUCUUUCAUCUAUGAAAUGGUUUUAAGUACAGCUGGCUGUGAGUUUCCCGCCUACAGAAUCAGUCAAUAGGAGUGCUGUUUAGUAUGUGAUGGUAAUCUUAUAUUAUGUCGUCUCUGGGGUAUCUGCAGAGCCUGACUGGCUUCCUGCAGUUCUCUAUGCAGAAUAAGUUGGAUGGUUAUUCUUAGUUGACAAAAUUAGAUUUUAACUUAUAGCUCUUGACAUUGCAGCAUAAGUUACCAUGGUUUGUAUGAUAAUCUUAACCAAGGUUUUUUGCAUGAGAAACUAUCUGUUACCGGAUAAUCAUCCAUUGAGGUAUAUUUGUACCUUCUUUUUCAUGUUUACUAGUUAGACUGCAUAUCCUGCAGUUUCCUUCAACGAGUAUGCUGUGUCAUUUAAGACGAGAAAUACAUUCUUCUUUCAUAACGUUUCUUCACGAGUUCUCAAGUCGCAUUUUGUGUCCGUCAAAUUCUAUGUACUUGAUAAAACUCUAUGACGUUUGGACAGUUCAAAUGACAUCUUCACAAUGAUUCUUUCUUUGUUACAUGUUCUUAGGUUCAUACCCCUGAUUCUAGCAGAUAUUGGAUUGCUAAUUCCUAUGAGAAACGGUUUGCUGACGGUCUUGAGCCUGAAAAUGUUGAUAAGGUAUACAAUUUGGUUUUUUCCUUCGUUCUGUUAUUAUUUGUAUUAAGUUAUUGACUAGUGUGCUACACUCAACGAUUUGAACAAGCAAGUAUACCGUGGGUUGUACCUUAAGCUCUCUGGUACGGUCCUCUUGCAUGUACAGUGUCCUGCUUAUUGUGUUCGACGUAUAUCUGAUAUAUUGUACAGCUUUAGGUGUUCUCAAAACAAUUACAUGAAUCUGAGGUAACAUACAUUUUCAGGAGUUCCUGAGGCUGUGGUUCAGGAAUCAUUGCAACCCUUAUGAAGACAAGGUGCGCUACCUAUCUCUUGUUGUUUACUUAUGUUAUUGGUUCCUUUUGUUUAUUCAUAGGAAAAUAAAAGCUGUCUCUACGCUGCAAUACAAAAUUUUCAGGCCCUUCCAGAGGCUCCCGAAGAACUUAUUUGUGAACUUGCUUGGCGGUAUGUUUUUGUUUGUUGCAUCAUUGUUUUGGGCCAAGUACAUCUCGUAUAUUCCAGUAGAAGAAAUUAUCAAUUCCAGUGUAGAUCGGUCUCUCUCUACUUUCUAAAUAAAUAAAUAAUGACUGCCGUAGUAUUUGCUUCUCAUGAUAAAUCCCGUAAAUUCCUCUUCAACUCAAGGUUCAGGUAGUCUUUUGCCAAAGUGCAUCGUUCAGUCAGGACAGGAGAGAGUGAAAGCCAUUAAUUUGAAUUAGUUUUCUGUCUAAUUUGCUUCCCUCAUAGAUGUGAACCUCUCUUAUGAGAGUCAAGGGUCUCUCAAACAUAGUGAGAAGGAUUGAGCUGAAGAAUUCCCUUAAUCUUUGUGCUGCUAUCAUUCUCUCUCCUCCACUAUAGGACUAUGGAGCCCCCACUGAUCGUAUUGCUAUAUAAACAGAGGGCUGGAUCCUUUUACCUUGAAUAUAAGGAUAGAUUUGAGAUUUUCUGAGAGACUGGAGCUAUUUUGUUUGAUUGAGUUUGGUGUUAAUUCAGCUUAGCUAUGUGUUGACCUGCUCAAAAGAAGAUUGCCUAGGACAAUAGGUCAAACAAGCUUGGGUGAAAUGAAGAUGUUUGGAAGGUUUUCGUAUUUAUAACUAUUUAAAGUUUGGUUAGAAGGUUGGGAAUUGGGAUGCCAGUGCAAAUCGUCAUUUUUGGCUUGUAAAUUAUAGUGGACUUGACGAAAACGCUGGUUAUUUCAAGAUUGAAGUUUUCUUUUCAUGUUCAGGAUAGGCACACUAGUCGAGCCAGUUGGGGUCAAGAGCUUCCCUGUUUUGGCUGAACUUGGGGGAUGUCAGUGGUGCUGUUCCUGCUGAGAAUCAUUCACUGGUCUGAGCAGGUUUACCUUGGUUGAGUUAGGUUUGGUGAAUGUCCUGUGAACAAAAUAAAGAAACGUAACGAUGCUCAUUCAGAGAAUGUGAGAAAAGCAAGUGAUGGCUGUCAGGGCAGGUAAUAUGUUAUCUAGAGAGUUACUGCCCUCUGAAGAAGUCAAACCUUUUGUUUCUUGAUGGCCUGAAAAAGGAAAUGUUAUGAGAAAUAUUUGAAAUAUAUAUUUUAAUGGUGAUCUCUAAUACUAUGCGCUAUUUCAUUGUAUUUCCUGCUGUAUAUUCCAGUCAUUGACCAGAUAUUUUGCUUGGUAAACUUGGUUGUGAGCUUUGGCUUGACCCAAAUCACCAGAUUAAUAAAUGCUACCCAGCACUCUGCCGCUCUCUUCCUGCACUUCCUGCCAUAUCAUUUCUCACUGAAGCAGGCGGCCAUCAUCAUGGAAAUUUAGCAUGCUUGAGCCUUUUCACUCUCUUGCUUAUAAGGGGUCUGAGCUUUUUAUCCCAUGGCAGAUACAUUUUCCUCUAUGAAACGAUCACAAAUUCUAAGUUCCAGAUCGCACGGUCAGAGGUAUUGACCCACAGUAGACGACUGAAACUGUUUCCAUGAUACAAGCUGAAGCUGGUUGUUCUCUGCAGGAACCCAUACAUGACAGGAUCACGAGGAACGUUGCAAGAGCAAUCUCUUCACUGUGA